UUCCGCCGCUGCCCGUUAGGGGGCAGCACAACCACAAACCACCGACUGCACCGGAGGAAGCAAAUCGAAACUCUUCAAUGAGUUCACCUUCAGAUAAAUAGUUUGUCCCUUUCGUCUCAAGACGCAUUUUAAUCGUUUGCUGUCUUGACAAAAUGAAUGGCUCCCUGCCCUCCUCACCCAACAUGGUGGACAUCAAGCUGAAGCGAGGCUCGGCAGGCUUGGGAUUCAAUAUAGUCGGGGGGGUGGACCAGCCCUAUCUGGAGAAUGACAACGGAAUAUUUGUGUCCAAAAUUAAAGAAGAUGGAGCUGCUGGACUGGACGGAAGACUCCAGGAGGGGGACAAGAUCCUGGCGAUCAACGGAGUGAAGCUGAAGGAUCUGAUGCACAGAGCUACAGUGGAUCUGUUCAGGACCGCAGGCGAGGACGUGGAGCUCAGCGUGCUGAAGUUUCCCCAUCUCACAAACGGACCCACAGGCCCGCAGCCGGAGCACACGCCGUCUGCGUCUUCUCUGGGAUUACUGGCUGCGUUAGCGGGAGCCGCCGCCUUCUUUGCAUUCAUUUACAUGCGACACCUUAAGAAGCACUUUUAACGAAGCCGGCGUUGUGCCGUCUGUAUAUUAUUUUUAAGAUGGAAAACUUUGCUAAAGGCCAAAGAACCGAAAGAGGGAACAAACUCUAAAACUGUAGACUUAUUAUUAUUUUCUUUUGUGAUUAGUAUCUGGUGGAGUUUCUCCGCGUGUAUAAUGUGAGUGCGGGUAGCUUCUCGACACCCUUCCCUAUGCAAGAGGACGCUCUCUGAGCACAGAUUACUUUAAAUGGUGAUUGAACGGAGCAGAAGAAGGAUGCACAUCCUGCUGCUGGGCCGAGCCCGUACACUGCCGCUGCACGCAGAAUAAUAUUAAACCCUCGGGUCGAGUGAGUCCGACGGGCUUCAGGGUCCGUUUCCUGAAAGUCAGCGUUGUGUUCGGUCUGCACCUCCAUCCCGAGUGGCAGAUGUGAGGAGAGGAGCUCGCUGUGCUGUCAGUUUGUCCGGGUUUAAAUAUUAAUGGCUUGAUUUUCAUUUUGCACUGAUGCACAGAAUCACGGGAGGAGCUGGAAACAGGCUGCAGCUAAUGCAACAAACUAACGGACUUCAGAGUGCCUUCUUCUUCUUCUUCUUCUUCUUCUUCUUCUUCUUCUUCUUCUUCUUGUCGCUCCUUAUCGUGAUCAAAGUGAAAAUCAAGCCACUGCGACCAGAGAGCUGCAGGAACGAGUCUAAAACACGCGACUGAGUCGGCACUGUCACACUUCCGGCUCCCUCGCCUCGAAGCCGAUGGUUUUUUAAAUGUGUGAAAUCAGGUCUGUGGUUAUAACGAGCUGGAGAGAUUUUAACGUUUCGUUCCCCACUGCUGAGUGUUGAAGCUUGUACGUGUCUUAAUAAGGCGGAUUGUAACACGUGAACAUUAGCCGCCUUUAGCUUAGCGGUGGUGAAGUCAUGUGACUGCUGUAGUUCCGGGGGCGUGGCAAGUAAAAUCCUCUCCUGUGAAUAUUAUAUCUCGGGGGGGUUUUUGUGAAAGGUAGAAACGGAAGCAGUGGAUCUGCGUUUGUCAAGGUUGAAAGUAAUAAAGUUUCUCGUCUACGUGUUUUAUAAUCCUCAAACAUUUAAGCGCAACUCAACCUGUUUUAUUUUUUAUGCCUAAUUUGUGAAGGAAAGCUCAGAAGAGGAAGAGGAAGAGGAAGAGUUGUGUUUGUGCUCAGUGUGAAAGUAUUCAUUACAAAAACAGUUCAAAUAAAUAUAUCGAUGAGCAAAUGAAACGCCCCCUGCGUGUAAAGGCCUUAACGUUAGCUAGAUUAUCUCGCAAAACAGAACGUGUAAAUACCAAAUGUUUGCCACAGAUCUUAUUUUCUGCAAUAUUCCAGAAUCCAGAAUAAAAACCAUGUUGGCUUUCUGUGGAGGGAACCAGUGCGAUGCUGACUUCAGAAAUACGUCCUCCUGCAGCACUCUAUCAAUGCUUUAAGUUAAAGGACGUCGCUGCCGAUCAUCUCUAGUUCUUCUUGUCAAAUCCCAUAAAAUCAACACUCGCAAUACUUUCAGCCGUAAAUCUGUAACAACACGUCACAAAUAUAUAGUUUGAUUUUGAAAAAAGGCUCUAGGUUCCUAAAACAGCUGGGUACUGUAGUCUUUAGCAAAUAGUGCACGUGUUGGGGACUAUUUUCAGCUGCGGAUUAAUACAUAUUUGGAGCUGUAGUGAGUAUUUACAGCAGCAGGACGAGUUUAUGUGACGGACCCAAAAUACUUCCAUGUUUUCUGUCAUCAUGUCGAGCGGUGCGACAGUGAUGUGUUUUUAAAAUCACUUAAUUGUUGGUCUCUAAUAUACUUUAUCAGCAGAUGUAUUCUUUAAAAGUUUAUUAUGAAGUGUCGGUCUGAGAAACAAAUCAUUCCUCAAAUAUAUGUUCUCUUAACGCUCAGCCUGAGAGACGCCAUCUUUGUUUUACAUUGAGCCCAGUGCUUCUUCUAAUCAGUGCAUGCGUGUGAAGGGUCAACAGCUUAAUACUGAAAUGUAAAAGAGAGGUUUUGUCAAGAAAUGAGUUGCGGUCAACAAUUUCAAAUGUUUUUUUGCACUAGUCACAAUCAUGGACCUCCUCCAGUAACUUCCAUAGACCAGAUGAAUAAGUGAAUUGUGGGCGCUGGGUGUGUUUGUCCACGUUUUGUCAGUCUGCAGUGCAACGAUCAUGUAAUUGUGUCUGACUGUAUGUGGCUCCUGUUGUCUGUAAAUACAUUUCAUGUCGCUCUGCUGAGUGGGAUUGUGAAUAUGUGCAGUAUGCCAGAAAACACAAAUCACAAACACUAAGAAGUAAAUUAUGCAAAAUAUUGUGUGUUUUACAUCCAAGCACCUACUUUAUUAAAGAUUCAUGUUGAAUUCA